UAUCAACAACAGCAACCCAUCAACGCUCGAAGAUAACGCCGGUGAGAUUAAAUCCGGCGAGAUUAACUCCGGUGUGGUGGCUGAGAUGGUAAAAAUGGCUGUUAGAUUUGUAUGUUAUCGACACAAGAAGAGCGUGAAACACCUGGAUGGACCCAACUCAAGCUUCCUGGUCAAGCACCAUCGUCUCGAUGUGGCCAUACAGUUACAUCCGGAGGACAUGUCUUUUUCAGUUCCUGUUAGCUCUUUUGUGUAUGGUGAGCUUCGCAUGACAUACAUCGCUCACAUCAUUAAUUUUCUAUAUGAAGCUUCUGUUAUUGGGGGGACAUGGAAUUGGUGGGUGGCUGAGUCUUAUGAUGUCUGUUAUAGUGGCACUAUAAUUUUGGACAGAGACGUGGCUGCUGGCUGCUUUGAGAUUUGCAAAGAAGGCGGUGAUAUCAUUCAGUCUUUUGGUACGGUUCCUUCUCACAGUUCAAAGUCGCAUAAACCACAGCCACGACAACAAUCAGAUGCUGAAGUGAUGCGGAGGAGAUCACACGAGUAG